AUGAAGUUUAGGAUGAUGAAGAAUCACAAGUGUAACGUGGAAACAGCGUGUAAAACGUCAUUACGUGAUGAAAAUAUCAAAUUUAUUAGCUAUCGAUAUCAGGGCCCGUUAAUUAAACAUAACCAAAAUUUAAUAACAUUGAGAAAAUCAAAACAAUUUGCAGCACCUACUUGUGCUGAGUUUGAUUGGAUAAGCAUAAAUUGGUUGACAUUUACAUAUGUCACUCAAAUAAAAUUCAACGAUGCAGAUGGAGAAGAAGUACGCAAACCAGAUUUUCCCGCGGAAUAUUUACUACCUUUACAAAUACAGGUAUAA